CCUAAAUUAGGGUUUUAUUGAAAUCGAAAGUCUCCAAUUCUCUCCGUCGAACCAUGGACGAAGACCUCUCCAAGAUCGAAGAUUUCUCCGCUCUCCAUAAAAUGGGUUUUCAUGGUCAUCUGACAAUCAUGGCCUUUGGUGACAAAUUGUACCACGACAUAGAUGCCUUGUCCAUGGCCAAUAUCGCAUACGAUCCUGAAGUUUCACCGGGUGACGAUUCGUGUGUUUGGAGGAUGACUGGAGAGAUUGUUUCUUUCUUAGCAGUGAGCUUUCCCAUGAAUUAUAUGGUUAUCGCAAAACAACACUCUGAGUUGUACAGGGUUCUUCAUUGUUUGAAAUCGAGGAAUCAAAAUGUUCUCUUGUUAGAGCCGCCUGGUGACACCGCACAACAAGAUAUUCUAUUUCCUUGUGUAGACUCAGUUGUUGAUUGUACCAAAGUUUUUGGUGGAGGAAAGCCUAUACACGCAAGCAAAGCCUAUCCUUCCUACUGUUAUAGAUGUGGUUAGUGUAUGAAAACAUUCAUGUUUCAUAAUUUGCAGUUUUUAUUCCUUUCCACCUAAUGCUUUUUUACCAAGAAUAAAUACAUAUUUAGAUUUAACCACUUGCUUGGUUAAGCAGUGUAUGAGUAUAGUAUUGAUUUUUCAAAGACAUUCCUCCAGCACCUAUAAAGACAGCACUAUAGG